AUGAUCUUACAGAAGUUCCGUGCAAACGCAGCACUCAACAAUAACCCACCUGGAGCGGCCUAUCCACCGAAGGGUCCUAGAAAGAACUACGAAGGCCCAGCACAUUGUACAUUGGCUGCCCUCCUCAAAAGAUCCGUCCCGCUGACCGACGAGGACAUCAUCGUAUUCGCCGAUCGUGAAGGAAACUGGCCCAUGGAAUACGUCCCCGCAGACCCACUAGCAAAAGGAGGACUGCGUGCCUACGUCUGGAACGAAAGUAGACCGGACCCUCAAACCCAUCUGGAAGAAUCAUUUACCCGCUGCCCCGAACUCGGCAAAUGUAAGGAUUUGGAAGUUUAUUUCCUGAAAAACGCUCGUGCUCAAAACGUUCCGCGCAAAGAUCCGUCGCUGCCCAGUGGCAGAUGCAACCUGUGUGGAAGUCACUACUUUGGAUUUGACAUGAAUGACCACAAAGUCAGAGGAUGCCCGUUCAACAAGCUCAGCCCUGCUCAGAGACUUCGCUUCCAGGCUAUCAAUAACCUGGCGUACUGCCAACACUGCCACUCCAGAAGCCCAGAUCACACCAAGUCACGUCAUUGCUCACCGAGGAAAUGUGAGAACUGUGGAGACUUCGGCCAUCAAAUGGAGCAAGCGAUAUGUGAAGAGAACAUCGGAAUCGAUUCGACCUACUGGCAAGAGCAACAAGAACGUUACGUCAAAACCUCGAGAGUAAAAUCUAUCGAACGCAUCCAGAAAGCAGCAAUCACAGGUCAACUCAAAUACGCCACGUAUCUCGACAGCGCCGACACCUUGAUCUGCCAACGUGUACGAGAAAGAGCCGACAUCGCAGGAUGGGGUCCGUUCUUUGAUGACGACAAGCAAUUUCCCAGGCUGGCCUUCUACCACUACACUAACAACAGGACAAGUGCACCGGUUCACUACCCGACUUUAGUCCCGGCGGAAUACGAUGUCAAUAUGAUCUUGCCUACCCCGCAGUUGACACCACCGGAAGCAGCAUAUCUGAUGGAAGUAGCGAAGCCUGUUACAACCUACAGACAGACUUAAGAUCGUGCCAACACUCGUGCACCGACAUGGCCCGUUGGUUUGGCUGCCCAGACGUACACUCCAACCGUCAGAGACCGCGAAAGCUUCAAGCCAGUGAAAAAGUCUCCGCCGCCGGAAACUUGGACCCAAGAUCAAUGGAACAAGGUGGAACAAAAUUGCAAGGUCACCGACGAGUGGCACAUAUUCCAGGAAAGUGAAGACGCAACCCAUCCGAACACGCUCACCGACAGAGCAGUGAGAUACAGACCGGGAGAAGGAACAUCCGGAGCUCCAACGCUGCCCCCAGCAGACGAUGAAGCGGACGAACAUCCUGCAGCCGAUGAUGCGGAGGAGCCUCCUACAGUCGAGGACACGGAAGAUCAGAGACAGAAUGAACUGACGGAGAUUAAUAACCUUGGACCAGCCAUGUGGCAUUGUGACAAAGUCAUCAUCUUGGACGAAUUCCCAGCACGCCCAGCAUUCCAAGAGGUUCCAUUCUACCUGUUCCAACAACUACCGGAACCAGUCGACAAAAGAACACUGAUCAUCCGCAUCGGAGCAAUUCAAUACCUUCUCACAAGAUGCUAGACAAGGAGUCUACUCGGCUGCCCCCAUCGACGAGAUCAAAGAAUACCUCAAAGCAAUUGUCAACUGGGCCCGCUUUUUGAAGCAAGAGGACUGGACAUUGGUCCAAUUUCAAACCAGAUACCAUCUCGCUGCGUGCGGACGUAUUACGAUUGGAGAGUGGACAAACGCUGCCCAAAUCCCUGCAUUUGACCUAUGGCAGAGACAAGAUGUACAAGCUGCCACUGCAGCCAUCUUCAGACCGAGUCUUCCGCGAACAAAACCACCCGUUCGAUAACAUCCCUCAAUACAUACGUCCAUGGUUUGACUUCAAUAUCCCCAGGCAAUGGCAAACCCAGAGCUUCAACAUCAGGAGGAAAUGAGACUGGCCGCUGCCAUGCAAAAGGAUACACUGGUGUAUAGAGACGGAACCCGCGUUCAUGACAUCAUCAAGCUCGAAUUCACGAUCACGAAAAACCCACCGGCUGCCCUCAAGGCGUACCAGGCGCGAAAUACCUGGAUGCAGCAACAACUGACAGGACUGAAACCCAAAGACGUCCUCGUAGGCUUCGAACCUAACGACGUCAAGCAAUACUAUCGCUUUCUCCUGGCUGCCACCCACUGGCUCUGGAAAGUCAUAAAGGCAAAAAUGAUCGUGAACGUCACAGCAUCCAGCUGCACACAGCAGAUCGCAAUUGGAAACGCAUCCGGCCACCAGAUGUUUAUCCCGACCUUUUCGCUCUUCGUGAGACGCCGCAGUGAGGUCCAAGUCCAAAACUGGUACUCGCACGUCUGGAGUCAUCUCUUCAGCACACUGCAACAACAUCCGGCUUACAAUUGUCACUGCCACAUGGACAACAACGCUCCAGAAGAAGGAUAAGAACAAUCUAAUGAUUACUCGCUGCCCUCAUUCUAAUUCUCUCUAUGUAGCCGAUGAUACAUACCGGCCUGAAUUGUGUUUUCUUGGCAAUAAAGCCCCAAUAAAAGUUGAAAUAAAUCCAGAGUUGUUACUGUAUAAACAUACACAUUCACUCCGAUCUUCAGAACUGUUUUGUAAGAAACUAGUAUUUCACAAUAUUGGACGUCAUAAUGGCUGAUCACCAUUAUUCAUCAUUUUCAUCAAUGGACAACCGAUAACGAGGAUUACUAGCGAGGAGACUGAAGUACUCCUUUCAUCGCUUACCCAAGGAUUUCUGGGACUUAGCUUCUUCCCAGUCUUCGUUCAGCGAUGUACGCUCAUGCAUCUAGUGUAAGGAGUAUCACGUUCGUUCAAGGGAGCCACAUAGCUCGUGCCCCAUUCAUAGCACGACUCCCCUCACGUCGAGUCCCAUUCACGGGCCCAAUUACGUCACUCAAACUCCAUCUCGACUCAUAUUGGUGGAUACCGCUCCAACGACGGUAACAUUUUGACGUGGAAAAUUCAGGUGGACGGCCAGAAUUGGCUAGCGGCAACUUCACACCCGCUAACAUAC